AUGCAAGGCUGCGGCGUCACAUACGCAUCAGAUGAGUUGUUCAAGCCUGAGACUCCCAAACUCUACGACUCUUAUGGACAACGUAAAUCUGGUUGCAAAAUAGACAUUCAGGCUGCGGGCGAGGCAGCAUUCUACUGCCCAGCACCGUACGUCCUGGAUCCACCCAACUGCUUCGAAGAAGUAUUAAUGGGGGGUAUAAUCAUGAAUGUGAAAGAUAUAAGCAAGUCGCUGAUUGCGUCAGCAUCUAAUCACUUUGUUAUCCUGCGGUUCGACAGUGAACUCAUAGGAUCCGGGGAGACCCUGCGCCAGAAACCUCCAUUGGAGUGCCAGUGCGUCACCGACAAAGGCAUCGUCCUCUCCACUAUCCAAAUCGAGAAUUACUACUCCAACGAAUGA